AUGCGCUCCUCGCUGGCGAUGUGGGCCAUGAUGCCCUGGAACCCUUGGAUGAUGUUGCCGAUCUGCAGCUUCCGACUCAUCGCCAUGGACCAACGCAGCGCACAGGUUGGUCCCGGCCGGUCCACAGCCACCAUCUCUGCCGGAGAUGGUUGGCACACUUUUGCAGCCGAUCAGCUGGCACUCCUGGAUCACCUGGGCAUUCAGAAGGCCUUGCUGCUAGGAUCUUGCAUUGGGCCUUCGUUCCAGCUGCGCCUGCUGAAAGAAGCGCCUGAGCGCUUCGCGGGGGCCGUCUUGCUGCAGCCGAUCGGAAUGAGUGUUCACACCACAGAGCGGGAUGGCUGGAAAGGCAUCAACACGGAAGCCACCAGCCAUUGGUUUGGAGACUGGGCAGCUGAGAUGGAGAGUGAAAAGAAGGCCGGACCCACCGAGCUGCGCAGCCUCUACGAGGCAAUGUUUGGGUCUGGCAGGGACUUCGUCUUCAGCGUCUCGAAAGAGGAUGUGCAGAAGAUGCAGACGCCCAUGCUGGUGCUGAUGGGCCUGGACCAGUACCAUCCCGCGGAAACUGCCCGGGAGAUUGCGCGCUUGGCUCCAGCAGCGGAGCUGGUCGAAAGGUGGAAAGACAGCCCGGAGCUGAUCGAAGAGGCAUCGCAUUUCACUCAGUGCAAGAUUCAGCAACAGUCUCAGCAAGCCUCGGAUCUGAAGAGAAUCGCCGUGGAGUAG